AUGGGAAAAUUUGAAAUUGAAGUUGCGGUUUGUUCAUUUCUGGUUAUAAUAAUUGUGCUAUGUAUUAGAUUAAUAUUUGCAUUACCUUCAUUAAAACAUCAUCAAAUUAAAACAUCACCAUUGAAAUCCAUUGAGGAUAAGAAUGUUAUGGUGUUAUUAGGAUCUGGUGGUCAUACGGGGGAAAUGAUACGGAUAUUAUCAGGAUCUAAUACCAUUCCAAAAGUUCAUAAUUUACAUUUCAUUACAAGUUCUGGAGAUUCAACUUCAUUAAUUCAUUUAAAGAAAUUUAUAAAUGAAACAAAUAUUGAAACAAAAACUGAAAGUUUAGAAUUACCAAGAGCAAGAAAAGUUGGUGAAGGUUUUGUAUCAUCUAUAAUAUCAACUGUGAAAAGUAUAUUAUUUACAUUUAUUCAAUUCUCCAAAUUAAAAAUCAAACCUGAUGUAUUAAUUGUUAAUGGACCAGGUACUUCAGUUCCAAUUUGUUAUUAUUUCUUUCUUUUAAAAUUCCUUGGGAUUGGUAAAACAAAGAUAAUUUAUAUUGAAAGUUUAGCAAGAGUUAAUGAUUUAAGUCUUAGUGGGAAGUUAUGUUAUUUGAUUAGUGAUCGAUUUAUAGUUCAAUGGAAUAAGUUACAAAAGAGGUAUCCAAAUUCAGAAUGUUAUGGAAUAAUGGUUUAG